AUGGGAUUACAAUUUGAUUCCAAAUUUGAUUGGUUAAAGAAUUUAAGAGUUCAAAUUGCUCUGUUAACUCUUGUGGGUUGGGCAAUCGCACUCUCUGUAGAUAGAACAUAUGUAGAAAGUUAUAGAAAUGAAAGUGAUCAAAUUUUUACACAACAAGGUAUGAUGCAAAUGGUUCGUAAUAGAGGUCAAAAUGCAGCAUUAAUUAUAUUGAGUAUUUUUGAAACUUGUUUAUUUGGUGUUGGUUUAGCAUUUUUUGUUGCAGUUGGAUUCCGUGUAUUUAAAAUUAAAAAUUCAAUGUUAAGAAAAAGAAUGAUAUGGUGCUGGUGCACAAUUAGUUUUUUUUGUAUGGAAUGGUGGCCACAUUCAACAACUCAUUUCCUUAUUUUAACAACUGGUCAUGAUCCACUUAGAGAUUAUAUUACAAUGGAGACAACUUUUCAUUGGACAAUUACUUUUUGUUCUGUAGUACUUGGUUAUUUCCAAUAUGAUUUAAUUAAAUUAAUGUAUGAAGUUGCAAUGAUGAGAUCAAAAAUGAAAGAAGGUAGAGAAGUUGAUCCAUUAAAACAAGAAUGGUAUAAAAACUUUAAUUAUCAUGGAUUAGUGAUUGGUGUUAUUUUCUUUGCAAUUGCAGUACCAGUUGCAUUCCAUUAUCAACCUUUGGAACCUACUUAUGUUGCAUAUCAAAAAUUCUUUUUUGUUACAUUCCAUCUUGUAAAUUCAGCAGUUCUUGCAUUGGGUUUUACAUUUGCCUAUAUUGCACUUAGAACUAUUUUACUUUUACCACCAAGUCCAGGUAAAAAAGUAUCAAUAUUUUCAUCAAUUGCAAUCACUUUCCUAUUCGUUAUUCAAUAUCCACAUCCAUUUUUCCAUACAAAUACAGAACUUAAAAUGAAUAAUACUGUUGCCAUUGAUUUUGGUGUUCAUAUUCCAAUCGUUUUAGCAACUGGUAUUUUAGCAUUCUACCAAUUCCGUAUGUUGGAAUUGGCAACUGAUGAAAAAUCUUCACUUUCUGUUGCUGCUCAAAUGAGAAGAAAAUCAAAUAGUGGUGGUGCAAGUUCUCAAGGUGCUUCAAAUGCUGGUUCUUCAAUGAAAUCUGCUGAAAAUAACUCUGGUUCAUUUGGUGCAAGUAGUAUUGAAGAAAGUACAAGUAAAAAUAGUAGUGCCACUGAUAAUAAUCCAAUUGAAAUGAAAAAGAUUGGUGCUGAUGAUGUAACUAUCGAUAUUCAUGGUUAA